GUUAUGGUUUUAAGUCUUUUCCCCUUUUUGUAUCCAGGACAAAGCCGGAGGCAAACCCGUGGGAGGAAAUGUUUGCAUAACUCCAAGGAGACCAGACAGUGAAAAUGUCAGCCCUCAACUGGAAGCCCUUUGUGUAUGGAGGGCUGGCCUCCAUCACAGCGGAAUGCGGCACAUUUCCAAUUGAUUUAACUAAGACACGGCUCCAGAUUCAAGGCCAAACAAAUGACGCCAACUUUCGAGAAAUCCGGUAUCGAGGAAUGUUGCACGCGCUGAUGAGGAUAUGCCGAGAAGAAGGGCUGAGGGCACUCUAUUCAGGGAUUGCCCCCGCAAUGCUGCGCCAGGCUUCCUACGGAACCAUCAAGAUUGGCACUUACCAGAGCUUGAAGCGAUUAGCUGUGGAGCGGCCAGAAGAUGAAACCCUGCUGAUCAAUGUUGUGUGUGGAAUCCUCUCUGGAGUCAUAUCCUCGGCUAUUGCUAAUCCAACUGAUGUUUUGAAAAUCCGAAUGCAAGCACAGAACAGCGCAGUUCAAGGAGGAAUGCUAGGCAACUUCAUUAACAUUUACCAGCAGGAAGGGACGAGAGGACUGUGGAAGGGCGUGUCCCUCACAGCUCAGAGGGCGGCCAUUGUUGUCGGCGUGGAGCUGCCAGUCUAUGACAUCACCAAGAAGCACCUGAUACUCUCAGGCCUGAUGGGAGACACUGUCUCUACGCAUUUUCUCUCAAGCUUUACCUGUGGUCUGGUGGGGGCCUUGGCCUCCAACCCAGUUGAUGUUGUGAGAACCCGCAUGAUGAAUCAGAGAGACCUUCGAGAUGGCAGGUGCUCUGGCUACAAGGGUACCUGGGAUUGCCUGUUGCAGACAUGGAAGAACGAAGGGUUUUUUGCUCUAUAUAAAGGUUUUUGGCCAAAUUGGUUACGCCUUGGUCCUUGGAAUAUCAUCUUCUUUUUGACAUAUGAGCAGCUGAGGAAACUGGACCUGUGAUUAGGCCAUGCUACACACGACGUUCUUCUGAAAAACCCAGCUUUCAUGAUGGUAGAACCUCCUGUGCUUCUGGCUACUUCUCACUGCACAGCUCAUCACAGCCUCUGGGAUGGGAGAGACGGGCGAAGACCGGGCUCUUCAGGUUGCCAUGCAUUGGCGCUGGGUGGCUUUUCAUCUGUGUUCAGAGCCCAGAGCACAACACCUGCUCACUGGCCGUUAGCAUCGAAGUGCCCUUUGACAUCCAAGAUAAUGUACAUAAUACACCUUUCUUGCUGUAGAAAACUUGUAAGGAUCAGAACCGUGUGCCGUUUCCUUCCUGGAGAGCAGCCUUGCUGCC